CACUAGGAGGAUCCCUGAUAUGAUGGCCAUGAGCAAGCCACUGCAGGAGGUGUCAACGUUCCUGGACAACUACUGGAACAGAGAUCAGGUGUUUCGCACGCUCCAAUUCACCUCCACGCUCUGCGCCGGCGCCCUGGAUCAACGCCUGCCCGUCGCUUCCGCCCGAUUUGCUGCGCUGGCGUCCUCCGUCUCCAGCAUGAGGACGACACUGAGGCUGCUAGACGACAUACCCAAUCUCGCACAGACCCUAGCCGGCUGGAAAAGACCAAAGGAUUCUUCCGUCGUUCUAAAAAUCGCGGACUUCCUCUCCUCCCUCUCUGGCCUCCUCUACUACCCAACGGAGCACCUGGCAUGGGCCACGGACCUCAAAAUUCUACCAUUCAAAUCCUCUUCGACACUGGAACUUUUGCACCGUGCUGUGGAUGACUUCUCUCGUCUCUUCGUGCGUCCGUAGCCUCUUUACACUGUGGCAAACUGGCCAAGAGAUCAAGUCACUGAGUAAUAAACAGCAGCUUUCAUCUGAGAUUGAUGUAACUCAGGCUCAAGUGUCCACUUUCACAGCACCAAAGUCAACAAGUGGUAGUGAUGGUGGGAGUGGGCGAAAACGGGUGACUUUUCAAGAGCGGAGCAGUCCCAAUCAAAAUAUUGCCACCCGUCUAAGAGUGCAACGCAGUUUAUACACACGAGCUGCUAUGGGUGUGGUCCAGAGUCUGAGUGACUUGGUGAUGGCCGUUCAUUUCUUGCCGCGUGGUGCACUGUGGGGAGGGAGAUUGUCCACUAUGCUGGUAGGGCUCUUUGGAACACUUUCCUCUCUACUAGGCCUGUAUAAGAUUCUACCACACACCUCUACUAGAACAGUUUGAUAAGUCCGUACGUAAUGACUGUGCAUGAAUCAUAAUUAUGUGACAGCAAAGCAAGGUCAAAGCAAAAACAAAUUUUUUCAACUUAAGGGGAUAAAAGAAAAAUUUAACUCCCUACGGUUCCUAUAUUUUAUACUGUCAUUUCUUCAUGAAUUUUAUAUUUGAUACACUGCGAUUUCUCGCGCAGAGAGCUGAAGGCACGUAUAAAGUCUGUGGGCAUAUAGAUAUGAGCCCAUAGACUAUUGCUAGUGUGUUUUGAAGGCCUACAAGUUAUUCUCACAGAGUUUUGAGGCGUUGUUGUGUACGCGGAUCACGUGAGAUUUGACCUGUGCCAGCUAUAUAUUAGCGUCUACCGACGCUCUAAUAAAGUGUCUACCAACACUUCCUAAAGUCUCAGUGAUCAAACAC